AUGGCGGUCCUCAACGAGCUCCCCGGCAUCAAGGUUGCCAUCGAGGUCAACGACGUCAAGGCUCAAGAGUACAACGACGAGGACGGCCCCGCCGAGGACAAGAACAAUAGACGUGCAACCAAUCGCUGCUUCAAGUACAUUGAGUCCAAAGAUGACUCGCCUUUCUCAGUUGUCUACCACCUCGAUAACACCUACGGACAGCUGUCCAGGUACGAUGCCCUUGGAAUCUACUUGUCCAUCGACGGCGCCCAGAUGGAUAGUUGCCUCUGGGAAUCCGCUCGGUACCCCCCAGGUUCACCGGUAUGGACGCACCGUGUAGCAGGCACGCGCCAUACGUCGGCGCACUCCGGUAUGGAUUCCAUGAGGAAAUUCAAGUUUUCCAAAAUUACGACUAUUGAUGACGCGGGGAAGGAUCGUGUGGCAAGAGACAUUGAGGACUUCAAGCGCAUAGGUCUGAUCAAGGUUUACGUCUACGGCUGCUCCGUCAGGGCGAAUCGGCCCACUCACAGAUCGCAUCGGCCGACCCGCGAUAGGGACUUUGAGGUUGCCGAGAAGGCGUUGAAGGGUCGGGCUGUGUCGCAUGGGACUGCAUACUCCGACGGCGGACUCAUUCCACAGACAAGCACCGUCUCAGUUGAUUUCUAUCCCCGAGAACCGUUGGCGGCGUUUUCUUUCAAAUACCAUGCUCUCCACAAGGAGCUGGUGAUCCCCCGGUCUCCCACUCCUGAAGGAAUCAACGCCCUGUCCGAAGCGGAGAUCCGCCGGUUGGCUGCAGAGCGACUCGAGGAUAUUAACCAUCAUCGUCGGUCACCAACCCUUAAGCGGGAGCCCAGGGCCGUCAUCAAACGCGAGUUUGCCGAGUAUUAUGAUCUGACCGAAGAGCCAACCAAGCGCGAGUGGAAGAAAGUCAGAAUCGACGACAAGCGCGAGGCGAUCGAUCUCACGGAUGACUAG